AUGGAACUCAAAGUAGAAGACUUGGAGACACUCUCAAGGUUAGGUGAAGGUGCGGCGGGUACCGUGCGUAAAGUUAAGCAUAAACCUACACAGUUAGUUAUGGCUAAAAAGUCAAUUUCUACAGAACCUGAUCCAGCUGUUCAACGUCAAAUUUUACGUGAACUUGCGUUUUUAAAGACAUGUGAUUCGCCUUAUAUCGUCUCUUUUUAUGGCGCGUUUCUGGAUGAUGGAGACACAACAGUGUCAUUGUGUAUGGAGUAUUGUGAAGCAGGCAGUUUGGAAGACAUUUACAAGCGAGCACGAGAUUUAGGAGGUGUCAUUGGUGAACCUGUCCUUGAACGUAUUGCUGAAUCUGUUUGCAAAGGGCUAGUUUAUUUACAUUCAAAACGAGUGAUUCACAGAGAUAUUAAACCAUCUAAUAUUCUGGUAACACGAAAGGGUGAAAUCAAACUCUGUGAUUUCGGUGUUUCUGGUGAACUGAUCAAUUCUAUUGCACAGACAUUUACAGGAACACAGUAUUACAUGGCUCCUGAGCGUAUUCAAGGCAAUGCUUAUGCAGUACAAUCAGAUAUUUGGUCACUUGGGUUAACUCUGAUUGAAGUAUCACAAAACUGUCCUGCUUUGCCUCCUCCUGGUCAACCUCAUCUAUCUAUCUUUGAGCUACUUGAUUUCAUUGUUCGUCAACCUGUUCCUGAGAUACAAGGCAGUCACAUUUCAGAGGAAUGCAAGAACUUUGUUGCUGUUUGUUUGACAAAGGAUCCCAAGUACAGACCACCUCCUGCUCGUAUGUUACAACAUCCAUUUAUAGCCAAAUGGGAACAUGUAGCCAUGGAUAUAGGUCAAUGGGUAAAAGAAGUAUGGGGUUGGCAAUAA